UAAAAAGACCACUGGAACCAGAGCAUGAACAUAAAAAGUCCAAGAAACAGAAACUAAGUGAUAGUAAAAGUGAAAAAAAAGAUCUUCAUGCAAAUGAUUCUUCAUUAGAAAAGAAGAACAGCCAGACAAUGUAAUGGAAGUAGACUUAAAAUCAUCAGAAAUUAGUACUGAAGAAAAACUUUCAUUAAGUUCAGACAGACCAAAGAAUAAUUUUGAAGAUCUCGAGCAUCUUAAUUCUUCCAUAGAAGACACUGAAGGAUACUCAGCUUUUAAUGAAGAGAAUGAUAUAAACAAUGCUGAUAAGAAACCUGAAGAAGAAGCGGACAAAAACCUGAGUAAGAAAAUUAGCAGUGAGGAGAUCCAAGUGCCUACAAGUGAAGAAAUUGAAAUUGAUAAACAGAAAAAUGACAUAAAUCUUGUUGGGAAAGAAGACGAUGAGGACCUUGAAGUUCCAAAGGAAAAUGGAGAAGAUAGUGAAAACUCAACCAACAGUAAAUUAGUUAAGCCUGAAAUAAUUUUAACAAAGUCUAUGCUGGAGCAACUUGUGAGUGAGAAAAUCCUGGAGUGUCUAACCGAAGGAAGUAAGAGUGAGAUAGCUAGAUUGAAACAGAAAUGUCUUUCUCUGGAAAAAUCUGUUGAAAGAUGGAAAAAGAGAGCACAGAAACUUCAAAAACACAUGGCAGAAAUGUUGGCUGAAAGAAGCAAGUUUGCUGCUAUGAGAAAAGGGAAGGUGGCAACGAGGUCAGUGGGGCUUUAUGUUAGAAUGCCAUCGGGUGGAAUAGCCAGUCCUUGUGAUCAAAUCAAACAAUCGGGGCUUAUACAGAGUGUCAGCACGAAACAAGUGACUACCACAUCAAAUAAGACUUCUGUAUCUUCCACCACUGGAAAAACAUUGUUGACAACUCAAAACAGUGUGUCAAAUAGAGGAGGAAAAACAGAUGUAGGGGCAAGCACUCUCCCACCCGUCCCCAUUCAGCUGAUCGCUAAUGCUGCAAGUUCUCAAACAACUACCGGUACAACACCCAGAUCUGUACAUAUGUCUGCAAAUGCACCCUCGAUCGUCAAAGUCAUCGACUUAACUAGAGAAGAAGAGGAAAUCUCAAAGUCUGUGGUGUCUGGUUUAAAAGUGUCUACUACAUCUACAAGUUCAGUUGUCAAGCCUUCAGUUCAAAGCUCAUCAAGUAUAGUUCACAGUCUGCCAUCUGGUGGAGUAGUCACUAUGCCUGUUGUUCAUAAUACAGUGCCAUCCCUGGUACAAGUUAUUCCCUCGGGUGCACCACUCUCACCAUCUUUUGCUUCCUCCACUGGAACAGCUGUAAGACUGACUAGACCAUCUUCUUCUGUUCUUCCCCAAGCUUUAUCUCAAGGGACCAAGGUCACAUAUCUUGUUCCUGCUGCUUCAACAGCUAUAUCAGUUCCACGACCUGAAGCUCCUCCUCGUCUCACCUCUGCGGUGCCUUUCACAUCACCUUCAGGGGUUAUCAGUAAUGCUCGGCAACCACUCCAGACCUUCUUGGUCCGGAUGGCAUCACCUCAGUCUGGAGUUGUACCAGGAUUGCUUCGACCAGUAACCAAUUCAACCAUGACAUUAAGGACUGCUGUUCCAAGUCAGAAUGGAAGCGUCCAGACAAUGGUGGUGUCUAGCCCCACUGUAUCACAGAAGACAGUUCCAGAAACAGUGUCUUAUGUGUCUAGUCCUGGAAGAACUCUAAGCACAGUUAACCCUACUUUUACCAGUGGCACUGUAGUAAUAUCUUGUGUGUCCAAGGUAUGUGUUUACUUAAGUCAAUACCCAUCAAACAGAAUUUAGCAUU